GAACCAGUCACGUGAGCCAGAUGCUCUUGAAGCAGGGCUUGAUGGACGCGCCCCCUUCCUGCUCGAUACAAGCCUCGGAGCCUCGCUUAGCUUGUCCCAUCACUAAUUACGGCGGGGAGGAGAGAAACUAAAAGUUUUGUUCUGUUCUUGGAAGAGGAGGAACGUGAGAUCGUCCCAAACGAAGCUGCUGUAGGAAACCUGGUAACAUCUGGAGACAUCUCCUCAGAGAUCUACACGAUGGCUUCCAAAGAUAGCUCUGCAAUUACCUUUGCUGCUGUUUUUGACAAUUCCUUUUACUUUAAUGAACUAGAAAAUGGUUAUGAUGAGGACUCCUUCAAGAUAAAUGGACAACCUCCAAUGCCGUGUUGGAUCCAAAGUUAUGAUAGAAAAUUCUUGGUUGUGAAAAACACAGAAUGUAUCUUCGAGGACCGGAAUUUAGGAGAACGUAAACAACAUGACUCCACAUUCAGAAUCCAAGCGUAUCGGAAUACUGAAUUGCAGCAACAAACAAAAGCUGUCAUGCUUUAUUCUGUUGACCAGGAUGAAAAGGUGAUGGUGGUGUGCUGCCGAACUGACACUGAAGUUUGUCCGGAGGCCAUGAAUCUUGCAGACCUCCAGAACAUCAAGGACUCAGGACAUAAGGCGAUGUUCUUCAUGACUAACUUGAAAAACGACACCUAUAUGUUUGAGUCCACCUUGCACAAAGGGAAGUUUUUGUCAUUUGAGCCAAGCCAAGAUUCCUGCCUGCAUAAACUGAUCCUGCACCCCUAUGAAGUGGAUGACACGGACCACACUAUAAACAUGAUUGUGUCAAAGGAAAAAUAAUAAGCCAAUAAAGCACUUGAUUACUA